GACGAGCAAGCGCGGACUUGUCUGCUGAAGGCGAGCUCCGUGCCGAACGAGGACCGGAAAUCGGCAAGCGACUUGUUGCUUCCUUACUACCGUUUUAUGAAUCAGUGACGAUCCUCCCCAGCUGGAGACAUGUCACGAAUCGAGAAGCUGACUAUAAGAGGUGUCAGAAGUUUUGGGCCGGAGGAAUCCGAUACACAGCGCAUAUCAUUCACUCCUCCGCUCACAUUAAUUCUGGGGCAUAAUGGAGCCGGGAAGUCGACAAUCAUCGAAUGUCUCCGGAUGAUGACGACGAACGAUAUGCCCCCCGGUCAAGGCCAAUGUUUCAUACACGACCCCUCGCUUACGGGUCGUAACACCACGCACGCGAAGGUGGAGCUCCGGUUGACGGAUGCCAAGGACAGACAGUUCGAUAUUUCAAAGAUCUUCACUCUCACGAAGAAGGACAAGACGUAUAAAUUCUCGACCACCGAUACCAACAUUCUCAACAAAGAAACCGAUGAGAACCUCAGCUCGAAGUGCAUCGAUGUGAAUGCAUUCAUGUCCCAGGCCCUGGGGGUUCCGAAGGCUGUUAUUCAAAACGUGAUCUUCUGCCAUCAUUCAGAAUCGGACUGGCCACUAGGUGAAGGCAAAGCUCUGAAGGAACGCUUCGAUGCUAUAUUUUCGGCCACGAAAUACGUCGAGGUACUCGAAGUUCUCAACAAAGAGAGAAAGGAGAUCAAGGGUCGCAUCUCAACGUCUGAAGCUCUGAAGAAACCAGUCUCCGAAAAAGUCGCAACCUACAGAAAUGAACUCAAAGAGAUUGGCUGCAAAAAAGAGAAGCUCGUGGCAAGGAAGAAAGAUUUGAUCAGGAUCCGCGACGAAGUGGAGCGGGUUUUCGGAGAACGCAACGAGGCUGAACGGAAGUAUCAGGAACUCGCUCUGAUCGAGCAGGAAUACCGCAGACAUGCGGAUGAGUACAGCUCUUGUAAGAAGCGGUUGCAAGAGCUCAAAGCCGGCGUUACGGAGGUCAUGGAUCGACCUCGUGAUGAGCUCGAAGAGGAGCUCGAGAAUUUUGACUCUAAAAUGCUCAAACGGAAAGAGAAGGUCGAGCUUAAUAAGGAAAGAAUCAAAAAGAUGAAAGCCGCUACCGAGAAGAAAAGGAACGAGGUUCAGGACAAAGAACGCGCUUUCGUGCGACUCGAAAGCGAGUUCAAACAACACCAACAGAAUAUUUCGAAGCUCAUCGCUAGUCUCAAGAGUCUUGAUCGAUCACUGGAGGCCGGAGCUGAUAUAUCUCUCAGUGACUAUCGUGAUAAAAAAGUCAGCGACCACGUCAAAAUGUUCGACGGGAAAAUCAAGGAGAUGGAACAAAGUCUCGGCAGCAAACGUCAGCGAUUUUCUUCGGAGCUCGAGUCUUUACAGAAGGAAAUUCAGAAGCAGACCGAGCUCAAGGCAUCGCUGAAGACCCAACUGGAUUCCCUCGCUGCCAAGAAAGAUGGGGUAGUCAUGGACCUAUCCGACAGAGAGGACGAGCUUAAAGAAGUCGCGUGCAUUGGAAACAAACUCGAGAAGUUUGACCGAGACAUCAAAGAAAUGGAGGAUAAAUUGCGAACGCUGAAACAGCUGACCGAAGAAGGCGACAUGGACGAGCUUUCCGACAAGAUAGAAGAGCUGGCCAAGAGGGAGAAUACUUUGAACGCAGAACUCAGCAAUGCCACGAAGAGCAGCGCCAUAAAGAACAAAAUCAAGUCCUUGGAGGAUCAGAUCGGCAAGAAGGCCAACGGAGUCAACAAUUUGAAAGUCAGAAUCACGAGAGAACUCAAGGAGCCUUUGGCGAAACUCGAAUUGGAGCUCCCCCAAAAAGAAUGGGCGCGAGCCACUCGGAGCGCGAGCUCUGAUCUCGAAGCAGGCAUCAAGGUUUUGCGGAAGAGCAUCGAAUUGAAAAACAAAGAGGUUACCAAGUCUCAAACCGAGUUGGACAUGAACGAGAAGGAGAUGAGCAAGCUCCAGAAAAAAUUGAAAGAGCUCCGCAACAAGAUCGACGAUGAGAUUGGAUUCGAGAGCACCCUCGACGAGACACUGCGCGAGACCGAGGAGACGGUGAACGAGGCGCGAAAUCGCGAUAGUAUUUUCAUCGGAACGCAACACGUGUACAGCAAAUACAAAAAGAAGAUCGCGGACCAGAGACGCUCUCGAGUUGAACAAUGCUGCCCGCUCUGUGAUACGUCCAUGGAAGAAGACGCCGUUCGGAAGCUCGAGCAAAAGCUCGAGAAACUUAUGAUGGAACUUCCGAAGAUCCGGAAGGACUCUGAAAAAGAGGUCGUGGAGGUCAGCGCGAAGUUGAGCAGACUCAAUCUACUCAAGCGAGACGACCAGGAACGAGAGAAAAUCGAGAACGACCUCCUCCCCGAUCUCGAAUCGAAGGCGAAGUCUUUGAGGAGCGAACUCCAAACACUCCGGGAUGAUCUGUCGUCGCUCAAAACAGACCUGGAGUCGAAGAUAGAAAUCGCCGGGGUUCUGAACCGCUUAGCCGGUUCCUGCGACCUCUAUGACAGCGGAGUGCGCGAUCUGGAGAGCCUCCGAAACGAUCUUAAGAAAGAGAAGAACUCCCUCGAAGAUGAUUGUCGCGACGUGGACGACGUAAUGCGAGACAUGAACGAAGUCAAACAGAAGAAGAGAACUUUGGAUGAGAGUUACAAACAAAAACAGAAUCGGCUUCAAGAAGUUUCAGACGUUCAGGUCAAACUGGGUCAAGCGAGGAACGAGAAGCUACAGCUAUUAAACAAGGCGGGAGCCGAGGCCCAAAUCAAGCAGGCGAUCAGUAAACUCAACAAAGAGUUAGCUCAGAUCGAAGAAGAGAUCCCGACUAUCGAGAAGAAAUUGCGGACCGCGAACUCGACACUCGAGGAGUCCGAGAGCUCGAGACAAAGGCUGGCGCGGCAGCAGGAGAAACAAAUCGAUGAGCUGCAGGCGAGGAUUUCAAAGACGAAACAAGAACGGGAGGAAGUCGGAAAAAUGUUGCGAACUCUCGAAGAAUUUGAGCAAUCCGACAAGGAGAGCAAAAUGAGCGCAGCCACAGAUGAGAUCACUUCCCUCAAAACUGAAUUCCGUCGCGUCAGGGAUGAGUGCGAGGAAAUGGAGGAGACCACUCGUCAAAUGGAGCUCGAGGUCGGCUCCGAAGCCACCAGGAGACGAGAACUUUCCGACAACAUCGCAAUAAUCGUUAAAACCCUCGAACUCGAAGAGCUCAAACAGAACGUCGAUAAACAUAAAGAGAAAUUGGCCGAGCAUAAGUCAGGAGACGGAGAUCAUAUCGACAUUCUGAAUCGCAUCCGCGACCGUCACGAGAAACUGAAAGCCGAGGAGCUGACGACGGCGUCUGAAGUUCACAACGACGAGAAACACAUAAUGGAGCGAGAAGGGAUCGUGCGGAAGCAAUUCGAGAGCGCCGAAAAAGAAUACAAGGAAUGGCUGACGAACUCGCUUACCGAGAAGCAAAUAUCCCGAGAUCUCGACGUCGGAUACACGGCACUGAACAAAGCUAUCCUGGCUUUCCAUCAAGAGAAAAUGAAUUUGAUCAACAGGAUAAUCAGAGAAUAUUGGGUGCGAGUCUACAAGGGCAACGACAUAGACCAAAUCCAGAUCGAGUUCAAUGAAGACACGGGGGCGUCGAAGACGUCCACCAAGCGGAGCUAUCAGUAUAGGGUAGUCAUGGUCAGGCAGGGAGUGAAACAAGAUAUGAGGGCAAGAUGCUCCGCUGGUCAAAGAGUUCUCGCGUGUAUCAUCGUCCGUUUGGCGCUGGCGGAGGCUUUUUGUGACGGAUGUGCGAUGUUGGCUUUGGAUGAGCCGACCACGAACCUCGAUUUCGACAACAUGAAAAGUUUGGCGGAAAUUCUCGCUGAUAUCGUCCGCAACCGUAAGACCGAGAAGAAUUUUCAAAUGGUGGUCAUAACCCACGACGAGACUUUCAUUCUCGCGCUCUCUAAGCAUCUCGAGGACAUUGGAGAAGUCAAACAUUACUUCGAAGUGAAGAAAAACGACGACAACAUGUCUGUGAUCUCCAAGAAGCGUCUCGACGUCGAUUACUGAAGCCCCUUAUUAUCUACUGAUCCCCUUGUUCGAUUAUCGGACAUCUGACUUUUAAAAUAAGAGGUUAAAAAACGAAAGUUCCUAGAAUUCCGCUCUUAACGCUCUCGUCCUCGUGAUCUGAGUGGAUGGUACAAUAAACGGACUGAUUCACGAAAGAA